AUGACUGAAAAAAAUCAAAAUAUAUCAAAUAACAGGGAUAAUGGUACACGCAUGUCUAGAACAGGAUCCAUUAUAGGUCCGAGGCCGCUUCCUCCCAGUCAUUCUCAAAGAAAUUAUAGCGAUAGAGUGUCUGAAGAAUAUUCUGACUCUUUGACACCAGAGCGGUCUCGUUCUGUCACACCUGAUCCACCAUUUCCACCUUUGAUUUCGCCUAAACCACACAAACCUAUGCCUACAGUAACAAAGGACAUUACUAAUGCUAUAGAAACUCAAUAUUCUAAAGAUAUUAAUGAAAGCGAAAUAUCGACAGAAUUCAAUGAAAAUGUAUCAAGCAGUAGUCAAGAUCAAGCAAGUCAAAAUCAUAAUACAUAUUCUCAACGACCACCUUCGCCACAAAGCCCACCUCUUCUAACUCAACCUAUAAAUUUUGAUCCACGAUUUUCUCAAGAUCCACAAUUUUCGCAAAAUCCACAAAUUCCUCAAGAUCCACAAAAUCCUCAAAAUCAGCAAAUUCCUCGAAAUUCUGAUAAUACAACAAAUCCAAGACAAUCCAUGAUUACAG